AGUCCGCGUUUCCUCAGAGUGACGGGAGAGGGAGCGCGCGCCGAGGAAAUCCCCAGCUCCGCCACUCCCCACCCCCGCUGACGCCAACCGGCCGGCGGGACACCCACCGGAAGUGCACAGGGAGGACCCGCCACGUCCGAGCGCCAGCUGACGUCAGCCCGCCGAGGUCACGUGCCGACCUUCCGGCGAUGGGUGGUCCCGGGCUGAGGCCGGGAGGCGGGGCGGGGGCGGGGCUCGCGGCCGGUUGAGGCUGUGCUGGGUAGGUGGGCGCAGACGGAGCGACUACGGGUCGGGGCUGGGCUCAGCGCGCUGCGAACAAAGGAGUCUGCGGCGGUUCCCGGCUCCGCGGAGGACCCAAGCUUCGCGGGACUCUGAGGCUCCGCGGCUCCGGCUCGGCUUCGCCUCGGCUCCACCGCGGGCGCCGCGGCACCUGCCGCCGAGUGCUGCCCAGGGAGCCCGUCCCGCCCGGGGCUCAUGAUGGGGCUGAUCUUCGCUAAAUUGUGGAGCCUUUUCUGUAACCAAGAGCACAAAGUAAUCAUUGUGGGACUGGAUAAUGCAGGGAAAACCACCAUUCUUUAUCAGUUCUUAAUGAAUGAAGUAGUUCAUACUUCUCCAACCAUAGGAAGCAAUGUUGAAGAAAUAGUUGUGAAGAACACUCAUUUUCUUAUGUGGGAUAUUGGUGGUCAAGAGUCCCUGCGGUCAUCCUGGAACACCUAUUAUUCAAACACAGAGUUCAUCAUUCUUGUUGUCGAUAGCAUUGACAGGGAACGACUGGCUAUCACAAAAGAAGAAUUAUACAGAAUGUUGGCUCAUGAGGAUUUAAGGAAAGCUGCAGUCCUCAUCUUUGCCAAUAAACAGGAUAUGAAAGGGUGCAUGACGGCAGCUGAAAUCUCCAAAUACCUCACCCUUAGUUCAAUUAAGGACCACCCGUGGCACAUCCAGUCAUGCUGUGCACUAACAGGAGAAGGGUUAUGCCAAGGUCUAGAGUGGAUGACGUCCAGGAUUGGUGUGAGAUAAUUUUUUGCUUGAAAAAGACUUCUCUAUUUAUUCCGUGACACGAACAUUUUUCCUAAUACCUUUGGCUGCUGAGGCAGCAGCAUGUUUAAUUUAUAACAACACAAACCUCUGAGCAACACUUGAAUCAAGUGCCGCUGUACUGGAACAUAAAGAUGUUUUCUUCCCUUUGUUUCAGAUGCACUAAUCUUCAGUUGGAUGAACAUAAUGUGUAACUAACUAUGUUUGCAGCAACAGAACUCUUCUGACUUCUUAUUCUAAUUAUUAGUGACUGCCUUGUAAACACUGUUUGUCAUAUAUUUCAUGUUAUCUGAAAUUUUGUUAUGUCCUUUACAUCCCGUUUCUUUCACUUCUUGGCCACUGCUUCCUUCUUCCCCGGUUCUUAGUGGUUUGACAGAGCAGUAGUAGGAAUUGUCAUGUACUACUUCUUCAGCGCUAAACAUUUGUUCUCUUCAAACCCUUUUUAUCUUUGGACAGAUUAAUUACAAUGAUGAAAUUACCUAGAAGCUGUGUGUAUGCGUGUGUAUGUGUGUGUGUGCAAGAGUAAACAUCAUGAAUACUUGCCUUUAAA